AUGGCCGAUCCAAGUUCGCCGGAUCGUAGCACAAGGAACGCACGUGUCCGUAAGCCCCAGCUCUUUGGUGUGGACGAAUACCCGUAUUCUAGCCUGAUGAGGAACCACUCUUCCGCCUCACUCGCGGGCUCUUUGCGUCGCAUGUCCUAUAGUGCGGUGAGCGAAGACGAGAAUGACGAUGCUAGGUCUGUUCGAAGCCUCUGGCGCCCGGAGUCUCCGGAAGACCGCCGUCGCUACCAUGCCGACGAGCGACGCGUCUCGCAGAUCCUCGCAGACCCACAGAUGAGAAGUGUGAUGCUGCUCGGGAAAGAGAAUAGCAAGUACCAAUGGCGGAAAUAUUGGAAACCUGAAGCGGAGCUUAGGUCUAUGAAGAAGCCAAUCCGGAAAUAUUAUGAGCGCGUCAAUGACUUAGUACAGCAGUACAUGUAUAUUGAUGCGCUCCUAGAUUCGUCUAUCCCACACGAGCUCCUGAGUGAGUACUCUGCUCGCCUAGACGCCUCAGCCUUUCGGUCAAUCGAAGUACCUCAGACGAUCCACGAAGAGACUUCGUCCAUCCACUCUUCUGCUGGCCAGGCCGCAGGGAAGGCCUCACCAGACUCAGCGUCGCUGGCCAGUGCCACUGGCCAGCAUAACCCAAAAGCGUACGCGGACAGCCGCGGACAUUUUCCGCUCUUCCGAAUCCACGCCGCUUCUGCCCCGAGACGCCAGGCCGAACUCGACCACGAUGAUCCCAUGGUGACUCUCGCUAUCUACGUCAACACCGUCGCCAAUGUCAUCCUUUUAGUUGCAAAGAUCAUCGUCGUUGCCUCGGUGCCCUCCAUGUCCGUCCUCGCAAGUUUGGUUGACGCCGUUUUGGAUUUCUUGAGCACCGCGAUUGUCUGGAUCACCACGAGGCUCAUUUCCGCGAGCCAAACCGACCAGUACCGGUACCCUGUCGGUCGACGAAGCGGACUGCCUGCCCUCCUCGUCAUGCUUAGUACCGUGGUUAUCAAGGGCCUGGUGUGGCUAUGGUGCCGUGUCAUCAAGAACUCCAGUGUCCAGGCCCUUGCGGACGAUGCCGUGACCGAUGUAAUCUUUAAUACCGGGCUCUUUGUUGAGGUCGAUAUAAUUCUCGAUGCAAACAUGCCCCUCAAGGACAGCCACGAUCUCAGCGAGGUUCUCACAUAUUUCCUUGAGAGUGUCCCAAUCGUGGAUCGCGCCUUUGUUCACGUUGAUUACGAUAGUUACAACGUCCCAACGCAUGUGGCCCAGAAGUAA